CAGAACGAGGCUGGAUUCCGAACUGUAAGGACACCGGAAGAAAACGAGCCAAGUAUCAGUAACUAGUUAGCGAAGCUAAUGUUACCGUGGCUAGCUGGCGGCGUUCGUGGCUGAAUGCUUAUUUUGCUUCUGAAACCAAUUUAUCAUGGUACUGCCGCUACAUUGAACACCAUUCGGAACACCCAAGGAAAUCAGUCGUCAACAUUCCUCUCGCUUUAAGCGCAGAAACAAGGUGUGAAUGACCGACGUGGUGCCCCCCACUGCGCUCAGCGAGAUUAAGCUCCGCCUACUCUGUCACGAUGACAUAGAUCGCGUCAAGUUGCUCUGCGGUGACUGGUUCCCCAUCGAGUACCCAGACUCAUGGUAUCACGACAUCACCUCAAACAGGAAGUUCUUCUCCCUCGCGGCCACCUUCAAAGAGGGCAUCGUGGGAAUGAUAGUGGCUGAAAUAAAGAGCCGAACCAAAGUACACAAAGAGGAUGGGGACAUCCUGGCCUCCAGCUUUCCUGUUGACACGCAGGUCGCAUACAUCCUAAGCCUGGGAGUGGUGAAGGAGUUCCGAAAACAUGGAAUAGGUUCCCUUUUGCUGGACAGCCUGAAGGAGCACAUAUCCACCACCGCGCAGGACCACUGCAAGGCCAUCUACCUGCACGUGCUGACCACCAACAACACGGCCAUCCACUUUUACGAGAACAGAGACUUUAAGCAGCACCAUUACCUGCCCUACUACUACUCCAUCCGGGGCGUGCUCAAGGACGGCUUCACCUACGUCCUCUACAUCAAUGGCGGCCACCCGCCCUGGACCAUCUUUGACUACAUCCAGCACAUCGGCUCCACCCUGGCCAGCCUGAGCCCGUGCUCCAUCCCCCAGCGCAUCUACCGCCAGGCCCAGAGCCUCCUGCGCAGCCUGCUGCCCUGGUCGGGCAUCUCGUCCAAGAGCGGCAUCGAGUACAGCCGGACCAUGUGACCGGAAGCGGAGGGAAAACGGGGGAAGGGAGGCGCGCGGCACCUGGAACGGAGUACUGUUUGUCUCCUAUGUCAUUUCCUGUUACCGGGACCCAGUGCAAGGAACCUUACAGUGACAGAGGCUAUGAACAAAGGCACUCUCUCUCUCCUCUGCGAUACAGUGUCCGAUAGUGUAUUAUAUGUGUACAGUAUAUAUACUAAUAUAUAUGAGCAGCGUCAUUGUCAGUAUGUGGGGUGCUAGAUUAACGCAGCCUAUCCUGUCGACCCCAUGCCUGUAGUCUGCUGCCGUUUAGAAAAGUUGUACCACCUACAGUCUCAUACAAAUUUUUUAAAACUCUUUAACAGUAGAUUUUUACAUGUGCCUGUUUAUAUUAGUUUUGACAUUUAAGUGGUCUCACCAUUUCCUUCCUCAAGAUACAUAACCUUAAUACAUUCUACAGUUCUAUGUGAACACAAUUCGAGUGACCAGCUAGAAUGGAAUCACUUACAAUGCAUUUCAGUGCAUCGCCGGAAGCUUUCAGAUGAUCCUGUUGGGCUAUUUUUAGCCAGAACUUUUUAAGAUUAAGCAUGUGUUUUUCCUAUUUAUUCUUUUUUUCCCCUUCCUUUUGCACCCCUAAAAUUCUUUUGUUUUUGUUCGCAUUUUAACACGCUUGUAUGUUGUCGAAAUGUUCAAAAACAACUUAUUUAGGAAGUCUGAAUGUACUUGUGUCAAUAGAGGAAUAGUGGCAAUCCAAAAAUCACCCAUCAACAAUUUCAGCAAGAUCCCAGGUACAUGAAAAUGCACUGGUCAACACUUUCAUUAUAUCAGUUUAAAUAUCCACAUUACUGUACACCCUCUUGUAUUAUAAGUAGUAUCCAGAUAUUAAAAUACACAUGUUUAAGGAGACCACAAAACUACUGUUUUGGGAAUCUAAAAAGUGAUACCACUUGGAGACCAGGGACUUGGAUUUCAGGGAAAUUUGUGGCUGCAUUUUUGGAUUGCUGUGUUAGACAACAUCUAAAGAGAUGAAAUAAGGGGCCAGUUUUUUUAAAUGUUUGUGUAUCAAGGAACUUUUUGACUACCUGAUAUUUCAAUGUAGUAAAUGUAAAUACAAAUAUAACAGUUUUUUUUCCAAUAGCUUAAGAAAUAAUUUAGGCUUAUUUUUAUCUGAUAUUUAUGAUUGUAACCCAGAGACAUGAUGCCAUUUAUUUGCGUGAGGAAUGUUCUUUAAAAUACACUUUAUAUGUUGAACUUUUUUUUUUUUUUUUUUUUUUUUUGAAGAACCUGCCAUGCCUCUGGGGGAAGGGUGGAAGGAGGGGGGGAAGCAAUGUUCAGGACAGGAGUAAAGAUCCUCAGAGAAUUUUAUUCUAAAAUCAUUCAUUUGUUCCAUUUUGUUUUUGAGUUUGGGAGCUGCCUGUAAUUCUCAAAAAAAGGAAAGGACAGAACUCAAUGACAGUUAGCUAAUUUAUUAUUUUUCCCCCUAAAAAUGGCUAAAGCAUCACCUCACAUUAAUUAAUAGCCCUAUUGAAGAGAUAAAACUAAACUACUGAGAUGUUUCUUUAUCUUUUUCUUAGUGGAUUUGGAGAGGAAAAUGGAAUGCUUUUGGAAGUGCAUCUAGAAUGGAGGAUUUUGAGAUGUUGAUAUGUGGUGCCCUCUUCUGUUCACCAGUGGAAGUUUCUUGUUAAACCACUGCUUCUGAGAAGUAUUAAAACCCGAUGAUGCGUGUUCAUUAUCAGUUGAUUGGUCUCUUACCACUGUAUCCCAAUCCCUGUCCUGGAAACGCACUCUAUCAGCAGUUUUUUUUCUUUUAUCUGCUGUGUUCUUAAUUAAAUUUUAUUGACCUGUUAAUUAACAUUAAUCUGACUUCACUUGAUUCCACAUCACUUGACUGGUAUAUACUGUACUUGGUACUGUUCUUUUGCUAAAAAUGCACAUUGUGUUGAGGUGUUUGUGUUUAUGAACACUUAUGAAGUAACAUAGCCUUUCAGUAUAUUUGCAUCUUAAUUAAAUUAUUUAUGCUCAAUUAGUAUUCAGUUGGUAAAUGAGCUGUUUUGGGACCUAGGACAGUUAACUGUACCAAGAUUGAUUGAAGCAAUAUCCCUGACUUUCAGGGCCAAAUGUUAAUAUAAUUAUGAUUGCUUGGUUGAAGUAACAAUAAUGAUAAUAAUAAAGUAUUAUUAUUGUGAUUUA